AUGUUCUCGUACGUGAAAAGUGUCAAAUAUUAUCUCAGUGCAUUCCUUGAUAUACUACAUGUGAUUUUACAAACGAUCAGCCAUUAUCUUUUCUCAACGACAGAAAAAAAUGUUCGCAAUGAAAUUGUACUUAUCACUGGUUCAGGAAGAGGUUUAGGGCAACAAUUAGCGCUGUUAUUUGCUAAACAAGGUGCUAUUGUUGUUCUAUGUGAUAUCGAUGAAAAUGGCAAUACACAAACAGCUGAACUCAUCGCUAAAGAAGUACCAGUCACAUCGAUUCACGAAAAACGUGUGUUUGCUUAUACAUGUGACAUUGGACAUCAAGACGAAGUACAUGAACUAAUUGAAAAAAUACAACGAGAUGUCGGUGAUGUAACGAUCUUAGUAAAUAAUGCUGCAAUUUUAUCCUCGAAAUCAAUUGUGGAUAUGAGUGAAGAAGAAUUCUCACGAUGCUUAGAUGUCGACUUAUUCGCUGCUUAUUGGAUAAUUCGUCGAGUACUUCCGUCAAUGAUGAGACAUAAUCAUGGACAUAUUAUAACCGUACUUGGUCCGACAGCUAUUUUUGGUCUCGGAAAUUUUUCCGACAUUUGCACAGCAAAAUUCGGUCUCGGUGGUUUGAUGGAAAGUGUAGAUCACGAAUUAACUUUAGACCGUUACGAUGGUAUUUAUACAACUUCAGUAGUAUCACAUUACUUGAUGACACAUCUUUAUCAACAGGCGAAAACACACUUCAAUCCAGUUGUAUCGCCUUUAACAGUUGAUUAUGCAGCGAAGAAGAUCAUGCAUGCAAUUUUAAUUAAUCGAAAAUUUGUUUGUGUUCCACGCUUCUUAUACUUGGUUCCAUUUGUAAAAGGUCUACUACCAUCUCGUGCAUUUCUUAUUCUUCUCAAUACGUUAAUGAAUCCUAAAAUACCUCUAUACGUCCAUACAGAUUCGUACGAACAAGCGAGUAACCGUGAUUGUAACUCACCACCGCCCGCAAUGAAUGGAACUCAUCAUCAUCGAAUACAUCGUAGACGUAGUCACGCCAGUUCAUGUGAUUGA